AUGCGUACAAGAAGAACGGCCCGCGACUGGCUUACCGAAAAUCCCGAAACGGAUGCCAGCGGUGCCGCGCUCGUAGGGUUAAGUGUGAUGAAGCGCGUCCAGUCCAAAGGCCAACCUCCUACCGCUCAAACCGAACCGCAACGCAGCUCCGCACCUCCUCCCCUUCCCCCUCCCUCGCAGAUAGCAUUGGCUGGUAGUCACGAAGCUGCUACGGCUGCUGCAAUCACAGCAUUAUGCAGUCUCCCACGGUCGGAAGGUGGAAAUCAUAUGUACACAGAGCUGCGUCUCCUGCAUCAUUUCACCAUAGGAACUAGCCUCACCUUGCCUGGAGCCCAUCUCCAGAGCAUUAAAGACUGCUGGUCAAUUGAGGUUCCCAAACUAGCCUUUGUCUACAAACCACUGCUGUAUGCCAUUUUUGCAAUUUCUGCCCUGCAUCUUUACAGGGGCAAAUCAAACGAGACGGACUUGAUCGGCGUUCGGGCUGUCUAUCUAGAGCGGGCUUUGCGAGACCACAGAGUGUGCGUGGGAAGUAUAGAUACAAGGAUUGCCGAUGCAGCAUGCUUCACAUGCAUUCUCUUACUUAUCGACGCGUUUACGUCUUUGCAGGAUCGUCCUCUUGACUCGUACAGACCACCGAUGGAAUGGAUGCAGUUGGUCAGAGGCUCGGUAUCGGUAUUCAAUGCUGCGCUCAGCGUCAUUCAAGAGAGCAAGUCAGCUAGAAUCUUUUCUAUCAUUCAUUCGUCGCCUUCAUUCACGGACCCAAACUUUACCGUCGGCACAGGCGAUUGCGGCCAUUUCUCGUAUUUGCUGCCAUCCGAAGGAUUUGGUGAGGGGGAUGGCGAACAAUUACGGCCCCCAAGACUGGAGAUAUACAGGUCGACAGUGGCUUAUAUUAACUCCGUUUGGCUCGCCAUAGAAGGAAGGGAGCAUCCGGCAAUGAUAUGUCGACGGCUCAUGGUGUUUCCCUUGAUCGUUUCCCAAGAAUUCCUCAAGUUACUCCAGGAGAUGGAGACCAUGCUCUGGUAA